GUAGACAGACGCAAAUUGGGAGCUGUUGGCCAGGGCGUAGUUAUCCUGAUAUUUAGUGAAAUUGUAGAAAGUCGUGUAUUUUUCUCCUCAAUAACACAUCUGGAAACACAUUCUAAUAAUCACAUUAUUCUAAAGUGAUAACCGAAUCAGUGUUUAUUUUUUGUAAAUGAGAUAAUUAUUUUGUUAGCUAGCUAUCCUUGUUAGCAUAGACGUCCAAGGGAAUUCUGCAGAGAAACAACUCAAAUUGUCUGAAUUCUGGAAACAUGGAGUCAACGAAAACUGCGCUCCGUUAAGUUCUGUGGAUGUUUGCAACCCGAAGGAGAUCUACAAGAAACGGUUCCUUAAGUCGUGAGGACUUCAUAUAUAUUCGCCGGGACACGUUUAUAAUUUUUGCUACGCUUGUUUUUGUGAAUUAUUUUUUGGGGAAUGACAUUCAGAAUUGUCGGAGCAUACGAAGCGAAGUUUUCUAGUUACUGAAAGUGAUCCCGUUUUCGUUGGUACAGUAGAUAGCUAGCUAGCCAUCGUUGGCCGAGACUCGGCAGCAAGGUACAGUAGUUAGCUGAUGUAUUCAUUCGGCUGAAUUUCAAUGAUUUACUUUGUUUCGUAGUCAACUAUCACUCUUAACUUUUAUGGAAAACGUAUAUUAUUGGACACGUUUCGAGUCUACUGGAGGAAAAGCCGUUGGAUUUUCCACUCCCUGGAGUUAACUAACCGCUAGCUAGCGUUCAAGCUAUCUGAAUUGAAGCUCCAACAAAUUUAGAGGGGCACAUUGGCUAGCAAGCUAAAUAGUGCAAUAGCUAGCUGGGGGGGGGGAAACAAUGCAUUUGCUAUAGCUAGCUGAUCAAGCUAGGAAUAUUACGUAGUUUGUUAUUUUGAUGCAAUAAUUACUAAUGGUUAUCUAGUUAAUUCCCAACACGGGUUUCAACUCAGACUUGUCGGUUUUUAGAAAUUCUCAUGGUCACGAGGGGCUGGCUGCUCGUCUACGGAUAAAGGCAAACCUGGAGGCUGGGAACACCAAAUGGGACUGACUCGAUUUUCAGCAUCUUCAUUUUUAUUUAUUUUUUAAGAUACGCUGGCUGUUACUACACCAGGCCCAGGUAAACUGGUUGUAUUUUCUAUAGGGCGGAAACAGUCUAGCCUGUAUCAAUAUUUUCCAAGGGAACAACGCAUCAUUGUCAAUAGGAACAUCAUCCCCGACCCUGGUGUCUUGUGCGAUAAAGUGGAGAACUGCACGACGUAAGACUAGGGCUUAUUAGAGGUCCUGAUUUAUCUCAAGAAAUUGCUACAGUAGCGAAAAUAGCAUUAUCGUCAGUGGCUUCACUGAAUACGUACCAUUUCACUGCACAUGAUUGCAAAACUCUUACAUUGAGGUAUUGAAUUCAGUAUUAGAACAUACCCAGACAUUUAUUUUUCACUGGCAGUCUAUCACCGACAAUUGAAGGUGUUUUCAUGACAUUGUUAUUUGGAGAUUCCGCUCUCAAUGUGGUUGAUUUUUGUUGUUGUUGAUGUCAUCACCUUUUUCAAUCAUCUCUUCAACAUAGACGGAUGUUAGGGGAGGGGUAUUCAAAGAGUCUGUCUUAUCAUACUUUGGAAAAUGAUAAUUGGAUAUAAAUCCCAGCAAAUCUAGAAACGGAAGCCCAAUGAGCGACACACAGUCCAGUAUCACUGAUAGGUUUUCCAAUAAAGCAAACAGCAGUAGCAUUCUCAGUAAAGACCACCCCCCUGACAAGAAACCCAAAAGUGAUAAACCGGCAGUCUCCUCUUCACAUGAGUUUGACCCUACAGAUGGAAAUGCCCAGAUGCUAGCUACAUUUGUUGAUGAUGUAAGCAUCCUUGAAAUAUCAUACGUUCUGGUGCAGAAGAGUGACUGUGUUCUAGUGGAGGGGAAGCCCGAGUCCUGUGGGCUUGUCCAGCGAUGUGUGAUCAUUCAGAAAGAUGAGAAUGGCUUUGGGCUGACGGUGAGCGGAGACAACCCAGUGUUUGUGCAGCUCGUCAAGGAAGAUGGCGCUGCAGAGCGUGCGGGUGUACAGACAGGUGACCGGAUCAUCAAGGUGAACGGGACCCUAGUAACACAUUCAAACCACGUGGAAGUAGUCAAGCUCAUCAAAUCGGGCUCCUAUGUGGCCCUCACAGUGUUGGGCCGACCCCCUGGGUUGCCCCAGAUCCCCCUAUCGGAGAGCGAGGCUAAGCUGGGGUUCCCGGGGCCCCAGGCUGGGUCGUCCCCUGUCUCCUCUCCAAGCGCUCCUGGACAGCCAACGGGGGAGCGCCCAUACAGCCCCCAUGACCGCAUCACCUCUCCUCUACCGAUAUGGGAAGAGAACAACAGCGUACACAGCCAAAAGGUGGACAUCCUGCAGAAGAUGUUGUCCAAGGAGCAACAAGAUUUGCAGGCAAUGAAGGAGGAGUACAGCAGGAAUCCGACGCCAAAACUACUGAAGGACAUCCAGGAAGCCAAGAAGCACAUUCCACAGCUGCAGUGGCAGCUCAGUAAGGCCACUGGAGGAGCACAGGAUGCUCUGCAAUUGGGUGACGGAGAUGACGGUAGCAUGGUGGACAUGGACCACACCCCUUCCUCCAGGGGAGACAGUAGCAAUGACCUCUCGUGGAGCAGCAGUACCAUGUCCCCUGUUCUCCGCAGUUUUGCACCUGCUUCCCCGGAGAGCCUGUGCCAAAGAGACAUGUUGUCCUACCACAGCCCAAAGAGCACGCCCCGAGACAGCUUCAACUCCUGCCACUCCCCCGACCCAGAAGACACUCCAGACCUGGACUCGCUGUCCCCCUCUGCUGUAAACAGCCCUUCCUCACGCUUCGUCUCCCAGAUCAUUGGAGCUGAGGACGACUACUUUGACUCUGAUCAAGAACAGGUCAAUGGCCAGUGCAGCUGUUUCCAGAGCAUGGAGCUGCUCAAGUCCAGACCUGCCCACCUGGCAGCUUUCCUGCAUCACGUUGUCUCGCAGUUUGACCCUGCACCGCUGCUCUGCUACCUCUUCGCUGACCUGUGCAAGCAAACUAACUCCAAAGAAACCAGACGGGUGUUCAUGGACUUCCACAACUUCUUCAUUGACCGGGGAGCUAAUUUAAAAGUAGCUGUUCCCGAGUCCAUCUCCUCUGACCUUGACCGGCGGAGGACGGAGCUGAUCCCCGAGGAGCAGAACAGACAGUUAGUCCAGAUGAUGCAGGACACCCUGCUCCCUGACAUCCAGAGGAACCUGGAGGACUUCAGGCAGAAGCGCAGUAUGGGCCUAACCCUGGCUGAGGGGGAACUGGCCCGGCUGGACACUGAGCGCGUCAGAGACCGGGUAGCACUGGAGAGAGAACGCUCCUGUGCUGAAAACAUCAUCACCAAGAUCGAGGAUGUCCUGUUGACAACCCAAUCCACAGAGGAGGAGAAAUGCACUACUAUGCAGUAUGUCAUCCUCGCGUACAUGAAGCGCCUUGGAGUGAAAGUCAAAGAGCCACGGGGCCUAGAGUUCAAAAGGGUCCGCCUGAACUUCCUCCCCAAGAUCAAGAAGAGCGUCAAGACCGAGAAGGAGGGAGGGGAGGAGAAGGUGAAACGAACCAGGUUUCCCAGCAUCCUCGGACCUCCGCGCCGGCCCAGCCGCGUCGACCCCACGUCCAUCGGCAAGGCCAUGGAUCUCAACAAGCCGCGGCCCCAGAAGCAGCUGUCCCAGCCCUGCCUGGGGGCCGUGGAGCACCUGGAGGCGGGUCGCCUGACGGCCAGUCAAUCCAGCGAGGGCUCAGAGCUCACACAUUCCUCCAAUACUAACGCCACCUCGCCAACCAACAGCACCACCAACAGCCACGCCUCAGACGGAGGCAGCAGAGACUCUGAGUUUGUUCUGACCCCGAACUCUGCCUUCCUCAAACUGAGCGAGGGUCUUGGAGACCUGGACAGUCUACAGUACACUCCAAACACACACUUUGACUAUAGCCUGAGCCCAUACAGCCUGGACCAGCUGCAGGAGGAGGACAGGGAGAGCAGGAUCCUUGAAGGAACACCCAAGUCUAUCAGAAGGUUGGAUGGCCUUGGUUCUACGGAGGUGCAGAGUGAAGACGACCAAGGAGGCACGGACUCUGAGCACGACCCUCUCAACUGGCAGCAGCUGGUGGGACGUGAGGUCCUGGCUGGACUCGGGGCCCACGAGAUCAAGAGACAGGAAGUCAUUAACGAGCUGUUCUACACUGAGAGGGCCCACCUGCGGAUGCUCAAAGUGCUGGACAACAUCUUCUACCAGAAGCUCACCAGAGAGGCCAUACUGCCUCCUGCCGACAUCAAGAACAUCUUCACCAACCUGGGAGACAUUGUUCAACUGCAUGUUUUGAUAUCUGAGCAAAUGGCAACAAUCCGGAAGAGGAACGAGACGUCCGUAAUCGACCAAAUAGGAGACGACUUGCUGUCCUGGUUCAGCGGGGGCGAGGAGGAGAAGAUCAAGCAGGCGGUGGGCACGUUCUGCAGCAACCAGCCCUUUGCUCUGGAGCUCAUCAAGAGCAGGCAGAAGAAGGACUCGCGCUUCACCUCCUUCAUGCAGGAGGCUGAGAGUAACCGACUGUGUCGAAGACUCCAACUGAAGGACAUCAUUCCCGUGGAGAUGCAGAGGCUCACCAAGUACCCUCUCCUACUGGAAAACAUCGCCAAGUACACAGAUGACACCAUGGAGAAGGACAAGGUAAAGAAGGCAGGCGACUGCUGCAGGAAGAUUCUCAACCACGUCAACCAAGCGGUGAAGGAGUCUGAAAACAAACAAAGGCUGGAGGACUACCAGAGGCGGCUAGACCUCUCGUCUCUGAAGCAGACGGAGAACCCCAUGAUUACAGAGCUCAAGAACCUGGACUUGACCAAGAAGAAGAUGAUCCACGAGGGACCACUGUCAUGGAAGGUCAACAAGGACAAGACUAUUGAGCUGUACACCCUGCUCUUGGAGGACAUCCUGGUGCUGCUGCAGAAGCAGGACGAGCGGCUCGUCCUCAAGUGCCACAGCAAAAACCUGUCGGGCACCGCCGACACCAAGCACAUCUUCAGCCCCAUCAUCAAGCUCAACGCGGUGCUGGUGCGCUCUGUGGCCACAGACAACAAGUCGUUCUUUGUUCUCUCAAUGUCGGACAACGGGGCACAGAUCUACGAGCUGAUGGCCCAGACCGUAUCAGAGCAGAGAAUGUGGCAGCGGCAGAUCACCCAGAGAGCGGACGCCAUGAAAGUGAAGCCGCACAGCGGCAUCCACUUACCUCGAACGGAUGUGGAGAUCAUCGCUGCAGACGUAGCCCGACUCGGUAAGGACCCGGACCGCAUCUCCUCUGGAAGCAGCCAGUCUAUAGAUAAAGAGUGCAGCGCUGCCUCUGGUGGCGUGAUGCAGACCUCUCUCCCAGAUGCCAAGUCCUUUCUAGGACUCAAGCCCGAAGAGGAGGAGCCCAGCCGGGAGGAGGGGCUUUACGAGGACCCGGACCUUGCAGAUAGGCUGCCCUUCCGCAUGGCCGUAGACGGGUUCAGCGAAUCGGACGGGCUGGGCUUCAGUCCUUCUAGGGCUGACGAUGCCUUAAAGACAUUGUCGGCGCUGAAGCAGGUCCUGGUGACCCAGCUCAUGUCGCAGGAGGACGGCGAGCGUGCUGGGCGCUCCUCCUCGGGGGGUGGGCGUCUUCUCAGGACCACGUCCCUGAGGACCCCCGUGGACAGCCGUGCCCGGGUGGCUGUGCAGAAAGGCUCCGGGAUGUGCACCCAGGCCAGCCACCCUGAGGACCCGGCUCAGGACCUGGUGUCAGGGGACACGGGUUUCUUUGAGUCCCCCGAGGAUUAUGCAGGGUACCUGGUCCUGGAGGGCUACGGGGGCUCGGGGGAGAGCAGCACGGACGAUGACCUCCAGGCCACCGGGAAGCAGCUGAGCGCCUCGCGGGGCUGCGGGGCAGGAGACUCUGGGAUCAGCCUGAGGUUCUCCUCUGCCUCACAGGCAGGUAGCAUCUCCAGCUUCAGCCGACAGGUCCUGUCCCACCUCCGCAAUCUGCAGACCAACCUCAACCACCUCAAGGAGGUAGAGGCCAAGUAUCACAGUCUACUACGCCAGAGGCCGGCCAGGUCAUCGACGGACACGGACAUCAACAAAGAUAAAAGAUAGUCGUGGAACGUCAGCCCCUUCCCCUCCCAGGCCUCUGCAUCAGGCCGUAAGGGAGACGGUGAAGAUGGAAGGGUUGAUUUCUUGCCUCCCUGCUGUCUCAUUGACCUGGAUGUCCUCUUAGCUUGUCCAUUCAACUGCUGAGUACCCUCUUCCUCCUCCCACCGUGGUUCUCCCCGAGAGACUGAGCAUGAGCGAGAGACAGUUUGAGGAAGGGGGGGUUUCCUUUGGAUUUCUCCUCCCGCACCUCUCCGUCAGCACAAGGCAAUCAGGGAAGAGGGACUGUCCCGAAUCCAGCCCCCCCCACCACCCCCACCCCUGCGUGUCCCCACCCCAAUUGCUGUGGGUCGCCCUGUCUCCCCUCCCAUUUCUCUCUACUCCUUGUCAUCCCUGCAAGAAGGAGAACUGCACCAAAAUGUACAAAGCCAUGUGUUUAGGAUAUAUAUUAAACACAAAAAGAAGCGACAACUGAAAGGAACAUUUUAAGAUAAUGUAUUAUGUGUUUUUGUUUUUUUAUCCCAUGAUGUAUUUAUUUUCUCUCUUGUGGUUUCCCAUGUUGCUUGCAUGUUUUUUUUGUGGGCUGUUUCGACCUCCUUUUAGGCUGCUCCACCCAUAUCACACUAUCCUAUCCUUAAUGAACAUGAAUAAUACGAGUGGGUAUAGAGUCACAUUUUGCGUGGAGCCCUCAUAGGAUGGUGUUUAAGCAGCAUGGAAAAGUCAGGGGCUCUGUCCUGGUCCUCAGUGUAUUUUUUACAACUGGUCUAAAACUCAUCCCUUCUACUUCUGUUGGUAAUCAUGUCUGGUUUCCCCUCCCUGUGCCCGCCCAUGCUACUGCUGAUGUGCCAGUGAUCUGACAAUUCUAGCUGAUAAUGUCAUAAAAUUCACACACAAACUAUCAAGUUGGAAGGUUAUGCAUAACUUUAAUUAAAAAAAAAUGCCAUGACACAUUUCUCAACCUAAA